AUGCCUCACGAUUACGGCUUGGGAGAUGGCUUUGAGCCGAUGCAUAUUGACCGCAAGGGACUAUAUGUCAACCUGGAGGAACGAAUCAGGUACUUGCAUCACUUCCUUGACUGGACAAAUGCGGAUGUCGAGGCUCUUCAAGAUGGAGCCAAGUACCUUAAACAACUCAUUCCCGCUGUCGUCAACAUGGUAUACAAGAAACUCUUGCAAUAUGACAUCACAUCCCGGGCAUUCCACACCCGCACAACCGUCGACGAGACCGAGCCCGAUGACGAGUACCUGACUGAGGAGACCCCCCCAAAUCAAACGACGCAAGAUGUUCUUGCGUUGGUUGGCCAGAUGCACUGCGGUCAAGAACGUCUAGCUCCGCUCAAUAUCGAAUACAUCCACAUCGGUGCCUGUCUGGGCUUCAUUUCUGAUAUUUUCAUCGAAGCCCUCAUGUGCCAUCCUCAACUGAGCAUGCGUCGCAAACUCGCCCUAGUCCGUGCUCUGAACAAGAUCAUCUGGAUCCAAAAUGAUCUCUUCGCCAAGUGGCAUGUCCGCAAUGGUGAAGAGUUCGGUGAUGAGAUUUCCAUGUAUAGCUUUGGAUCUGGAAAUAAGGAAGGUUUCCUUGCUGGCAAGCGGAUCCUUGGCAGUAGCUCUGGUAGCUCUCUUGAUGAUGAUCAGGCCAGUAUUGCACCCAGUAUUGCGCCUUCAACGCUCAGUACUGCACCUUCUUUCCUUACUACCCACUCUGGUAGCUCGGGACAUACAACAACUAGCACUCACACGGCUGCUCCUGAAAUGCGAUCGGCGUGUCCCUUUGCAGAUUUUGCUAAGAACAACUCGUCCACUGAAACGAAGAUCUGGGCCAAUUGA